AUGUCCGGUUUGGAAUUAGAAAAACUUCCUUCAUUAUCACCCAAAUCGACUGCUGCUGGUCUUCUCGUCUUGCCAGUUGAGAUUCGCCACCGGAUCAUCAGACUGGUGCUCGCUGUGCCGGACUCCCCCUACUUUUUCCAGGAUUCGGGAGGUCCACUGGAAUGUUUCAUGCCCCGUAAGCCUGGUGCAUGGCUGGCACUAUUGUAUACCUGUCAGCAAUUAUCCCAUGAUGCUAGGUCAAUCUUGUACGGUGCGAAUCGCUUCAUUCUCGAGGAAGUGGAAACGAGGAACCACCGGAGCAACGUUCUGGGAUUGUUCAUAAGACGCAUUGGAUCUGUCAAUGCAGGUUUUCUGUCCACAUUGCGUAUCUCUUUUCCCACCACGGAACUAGCAGAUGACCAGGGGGAGAAAUCCGUCUCAGACAAGACGUAUUACGGAAUUUGGAGCUUCUUCGCAAUGAGUGCACCGGGCUAA